AUGGCGGCCUGUGUUUUCUACGACCUUUUGGUGAUACCUCUUUAUGCCUUUACUCUGCCGCGGAGUGUGUUGUGGGAUGUUUUGGAUUGGCUCAUUCAAAUCUACUGGAACCUGGACUUUGCCGUCUCCUUCCUCACAGGCUUCUACGAUGAAGGCACCUUGGUCUUUAGCCUGCUCCGCAUCGCGAUGCACUACGCGAAGACCUGGAUGCUCUUUGAUCUCAGUUUGAUCUCCAUGGACUGGGCCUUUCGCGCCAUGGAGUGGUCCAACGAGUCGGAACUGCAGAACAUCAUGUGGUCCAGGAGCUUGCGGAUGCUCCGCUUCUUGCGGCUCAUGCGGAUGCUGCGGAUGGUGAAGCUCCGGCGGAUCAACGAGGUCUUCCAAGAGUUCUUCACCUCGCAGGCCUCGACUUUGUACUACAGCCUUUUCAGCAGCCUGAUUCACUUGUGUGUGUUGAACCACCUCGUCGCUUGUGCAUGGUUCGCCGUGAGUCACGUGCACUCUGAGAACUGGGUUACUGACCUGGGGCUUCAGGAUGACAGCAUGGAGUAUCAAUACCUGACUUGCCUGAACUGGGCCUUCGCUCAACUUGGGGUUGGCUCAAGCCCCGCGAAGGCCACCAACGUGGUGGAGAUGGCUUAUUGCAUCUUCGUGGCCUUUCGAUCUUUGAUCACCUCCUCCACUUUGAUCUCCACCGUCAGCAAUUUGAUGGCUGGCCUCAGUAAGAUCAAGGAGGAUGAAAACACGGAGUUCCGUUUGUUGCGGUGCUACAUGAGCCAAAACAACAUCUCAGCGCAGUUGGCGCAGAAGAUCACGCACUUCCUGCAGUAUCAGUACACCUUGAGGCAGCAAGCGAGGUCUGCAGACAUGGACGUGCCCUUGCUGGAGCUCCUGUCUCCUCAGCUUCAUGGUGAACUCCAGUUUGCUCGCUUCGAGAAGGAGCUUUGCAAGCUUCAGGUGGUCCAUGACUUGGUCUUCGAAGGGGCCGACAGACAAGUGGUUCACAUCUUGCAGCGGGUCUCACAAGAUGCGGUGAAGAACAACGUGGUGGCGGCCGCGGAUGUGAUCUUCCUCGCGGGGAACCACGCAGCCUCGGCGUAUCUGAAGCUCAGUGGCGACCUCACCUACUGCUACGAGCGUCCUUGA